GGAUUAGGAGGUCGGGGAGUCUGUAUUGCAGUCUUAUAAAACAGAUCUCACUGUAAACAGGCUGAGCAGCAAGCAGGAUGCAUGUGGACCUGGCGUGGCUGACGGCUGCCCUUGUUUCUUUCCCCCUGCUCGCGCUAUGUGACCCACUAAAUAUCUUGGUGGCCCCAAACCUGCUGCGGGUGGGGACCCCUGAGAGAGUGUUUGUGGAGGCUCAGGAUUAUACUGGAAAUGACUUUAAUGUAAAAAUAAUUGUGAAGAACCACCCACAGAGAACUAAAGAACUGGCAUCUGCAUUCGCCAUCCUCACUGCUGCUAACAACUACCAGGCUGUUGCAGAAAUAAAGAUUCCUGACAAUAAGGACUUCUUUAGUGAUGAUCCUUUAGAGAAGCAGUAUGUGUACCUGCAGGCUGAGUUUCCCUCUGCCCUGCUUGAGAAAGUGGCCCUGGUCUCCUUCCAGUCUGGCUACAUAUUUGUUCAGACAGACAAGAGCAUCUACACACUUGGUACAACAGUUCGUUACCGAAUCUUCUCACUGACUCCUGACAUGCAGCCUUUGGACCAAAGUGGAGGAAUCUUUGUGGAAAUCACAAAUCCUCAAGGAAUCACAAUUAGCAGGGAAACAAUCUUUCCUAAGCAGGGAAUAAUAAAAGGGUCAUACAACAUCCCUGAAAUUGCCAAGUCUGGAAUAUGGACUUUAGCAGCGCGAUAUAAAAACACCCCACAGAAGAACUUUACUGCUAAAUUCGAAGUUAAAGAAUAUGUGCUCCCAAGCUUUGAGGUUGCAUUAAAACCAUCCAAGUCUUUUUUCUAUGUCGAUGAUCAGGAGCUUCAAGUGGACAUUAGUGCUAAGUACCUGUUUGGAAAAAGUGUGGAUGGUGUUGCAUUUGUGGUGUUUGGCAUUAAAAAAGAUGACAUUAAGACCAAUCUGCCUGCCUCUUUAAAAAGAGAACAGAUCCUAAAUGGAGAAGGACAUGCGAGGCUGACUAAACAGAUGAUCCAGCAAUCCUUCUCCAAUAUUCUUGAUCUGACUGGAAGCUCGUUGUACAUUUCAGUCAAUGUCUUAACUGAGACCAGUAGCGAAAUGGUUGCAGCAGAGAAGGGGGCUAUUCAAAUUGUAAAAUCACCCUACACCAUUGAGUUCAAGAGAACGCCAAAAUUCUUUCACCCUGGAAUGUCUUUCGAUGUCACGGUUUAUGUGACCAAUCCGGACCAGUCGCCAGCUGAAAAUGUGGAUGUGGUGGUCACACCUGGUAAUGUGAACAGUCGAACCAAGAGUAAUGGCAUGGCCAAGGUCAUAGUGAACCCCCAGAGAGGAGCCAACACACUACAGAUAACCGCAAAAACCAAGGUCACUGGUAUAUCAGAUGAAAGACAAGCUGUAAACCAUAUGGCAGCCAAGGCUUACACCCCCAAAAUAAACUCUACCAAUUAUUUACACAUAAGUGUAGAUGCUGCAGAACUGGCAAUCGGUGAUCAGAUGAACAUCAAUGCGAUCUUUAAUAGUAGUGUCCAAGACCAUGAUUUAUCCUAUCUGAUCCUUAGUAAAGGACAGAUUGUGAAAGGAGGAAGGUUUAGGAGACAAGAGCAGCUGUUAGUGACCUUGUCUCUACCCGUCACCAAAGACCUGCUUCCCUCAUUUCGAGUGGUGGCAUUUUACCACACAGGAUCCUCUGAGGUUGUGUCAGACUCCAUCUGGGUUGAUGUAAAAGAUACAUGCAUGGGAACGCUGAAACUGGAUGUUAAGGAAAGUUUAGAUGCCAAAAAGCUCUUUGAGCCUGGUGAGGAGUUUCAUCUCAUAGUUACUGGAGAUCCAAAAGCCAAGGUUGGUCUGGUAGCUGUGGAUAAAGGUGUUUUUGUCCUCAACAAGAACAGACUUACACAGACCAAGAUCUGGGACAUUAUUGAGAAGCAUGACACUGGCUGUACAGCUGGCAGUGGUAAAGACAGUAUGGGAGUUUUCUAUGAUGCUGGACUACUGUUUCAGUCUGAUAAAGCAGGAGGCACCACUGAAAGAACAGCUCCUGAGUGUCCUUCUACCUCGAAGAGAAAACGAAGUGCUGAGACUCUACAGCUCACACAAAAGCUGUUUGGUAAAUAUGCCGGUGAACAGAAGAAAUGCUGUGCAGAUGGACUGAGGCAGAACAGAUUGGGCUACACAUGUGAACAGAGAGCUUCAUACAUUUUGGAUGGUGCAGAGUGUGUACAGGCCUUCCUGAACUGUUGUAAGGAGAUCCAAAAACGCAAGCAGGAGGAGAAAGACUUGCUGCAUCUGGCUCGCAGUGAUGAGAAAAAUGAUGACUACAUAAGCUCUGAUGAAAUUGUCAGCCGGACAAAGUUUUCCGAAAGCUGGCUGUGGAAUGAUAUAGACCUGCCACCCUGCCCAGGAAAUAGUCCAUGUGAAACAACAAGUCUCACCUUGGACACAAACUAUCUGAUAGACUCUAUUACUACAUGGCAGGUCCUAGCCAUUAGUCUCUCUACAACUCAUGGCAUCUGUGUAUCUGAUCCCUAUGAAAUAACAGUGGCAAAACUCUUCUUUGUGGAUCUUAAGUUACCUUACUCGGCAGUCCGCAAUGAACAACUAGAAAUCAAAGCUAUUCUGCAUAACUUCUCCAACCUGAAACAGAGGGUGCGUGUGGAAUUCUUCGAGACAGAGCAUGUUUGCAGUGCAGCCAGCAAAAAAAAGAAAUACCAUACUAUAGUUAACAUUGACCGCAAGUCCACCAGAGCCAUCCCAUAUGUGAUCAUUCCCAUGGAAAUAGGGAACCGCCAGAUAGAGGUGCAGGCUGCAAGUGCAACGGUUUAUGAUGGUGUAAGGAGAACCCUGAAGGUGGUGUCUGAAGGUGUGCUAACUGAACGCCAAGAACAAAAUUUGGAGCUAAACCCGUCUCGAGAGCCUGGUGGCAUACAAGUCGUGCAUUACAAAAGUGAAAUACCAAAUUGGCAGGUUCCAAACACUCCUGCACACACGUUCAUCAGUGUGGCUGGUCAUGAGGUGGGUCAGACAAUCGAGCAGGCCAUCAGUGGAGACUUCAUGGGGCGUCUGAUUAUACAGCCCACUGGCUGUGGAGAGCAGAACAUGAUCCGUAUGACAAUGCCACUUACUGCCACACGCUACUUAGAUACCACCAAGCAGUGGGAAGUAGUUGGCUUGAGUCGACGUACUGAGGCUGUCCAACACAUCCAGACAGGAUAUCAACGGGAACUUAUGUACCGUAAAACCGAUGGUUCUUAUUUUGCAUGGAAAAGUAGGCCAAGUACCACAUGGUUGACAGCUUAUGUGGCCAAAGUCUUUGCAUUGGCCAGUGACAUUAUAAAUAUAGAAGAAAAUGUCCUCUGCAGCGCCCACAAGUGGUUGAUCCUGAAUGCACAGAUGCCAGAUGGCGCUUUUAAAGAAAAUGCCCCAGUGUAUCAUGCAGAUAUGGUUGGUGAUGUUCAGGGACAGGAUGGUAAUGUAUCUCUGACAGCAUUUGUUCUGAUUGCUUUGCAAGAAGGAAACCACCUCUGUGCCAAAGUAGUUGGGAGUCUCCCAGAGGCUUCCAGGAAGGCCGUUGAUUAUUUAGAACAUAAACUUCCCUCACUGACAAAUCCCUAUGCAGUUGCCAUGUCUUCCUAUGCAUUGGCCAAUGCUGGCAAAUUUCACCGAGAUCUCCUGAUGCGGUCUUCAACUGAUAAUGGGUCUUACUGGAAAGCCACUGGAGGAAAACACUCCACUCUGGAAGCAACAGCAUAUGCCUUGCUGGCACUCAUAAAAUUCAAGGACAUUGAUGCAGCAAAAAGAGUUGUUCAUUGGCUCAAUAGACAGAGUAGACCAUAUGGUGGUUAUGGCACUACCCAGGCAACCAUCAUGGUGUUCCAAGCAGUGUCUGAGUACUAUAUUCAAGUAAGAGAUCGUCAGAAAUUUGACCUGGAUGUGGAAGUGAGUGUGAGUGGACGGAGUGGCCGUAUCGCAUGGAAGUUCAACAAGAACAAUGCAUAUCUUACACGCUCAGAAAAGGUUCAGCUCAAGCAAGAGUUUACUGUUACUGCUAAGGGAUCUGGGGCUGGAGUUCUCAAAGUAUAUACACUUUUUUAUGCAAGACCCAAGGAAAUGGGGAAUGAAUGCAACCAGUAUGAUCUGUCUGUUGAAAUGAGAAAGGAACGAGAGGUAUCAUAUCCUGAUGCCGAAGAAAGUUAUGAGGUCAUUAUAGACAUUCUGUUUAAGGAUCCAAACAGAGAUGCCACUAUGACUAUUUUGGAUAUCGGCUUACUGACAGGAUUCGUAGUGGAUAAAAAUGACCUUACAGAGUUAACCAGUGGGACGGACAAAUACAUACAGAUGUUUGAGAUGAAUAAGGAGCUUUCAGAACAAGGCUCCCUCAUUAUUUAUUUAGAUAAGGUAUCACACACUAGAGCAGACAGGAUUGUAUUCAGAGUGCACAAGAUUACCAAAGUAGAUUGGCUCCAACCUGCUGGUGUCACUGUGUAUGAGUACUACUCCCCAGAAAAACGCUGUGUAAAGUUUUACCAUCCUACAAAGAAAGAUGGAACUGUGACUAGAUUGUGCAAUGUCCAUGUGGGUCUGUGCCAGUGUUCUGAAGAAAACUGCAGUAUGCAGAGUAAAAAUGGAGCUGUUGAGAAAGACCGGGAGAAAAGAUCAUGUGAAGCUGGCGUGGAUUACGUUUAUAAGGUAAAAGUGCUGAUGCUAGACCUGAGCCCGGACCUGAGCUCAGUCACAGAUUUCUAUAAAAUGAAGAUUGAAGAGGUCUUGAAAGAAGGGUCUGACUCAGAUGUACGUGAAAAAGUGAGGACCUUUAUGGGCCAGGCUUACUGCAGAGAGUCUUUUGGAUUCGAGCAAGGCAAGAGCUACCUCAUUAUGGGCCAAAGCAUUGACCUACCAAGGAGUAAUGGAACGUUGCAAUACAUCUUGGGUGAGCAUACAUGGAUUGAAUACUGGCCAACAAAGGAGGAAGGUAAAACCUCUAAAUAUAAAGACAAAUACGAUGGAAUCAAUAAGCUGGCUGAAAACCUUAACAUAAAUGGAUGCACUACAUAAGCAUGGAUAUAUAAAAUAUAAAUGUGAUUGUGAAUGUACUCAUCACUGACUUUAGCAAAGAUCCUAAAAUGUGAAAGCUGAUCUGAAAUAAAAUUAUCAAAUAAAAGGUCUUUCUAUGAUUCCAUUAUAAGUCUACUUACUCAUUCAUCACCAAUAUGACUUUAUUCUGUAUACAAGGUCGCAGUGGGCCUGGCUUUAUUUAAGUCAUAAUAGAAUAUAACAUUUACAGUGGAUAUAACAUUUACACUGCCUGAACUCAAGCAUCCAGCACAUUAUUAAAAUCUGGAACGACAGUGGUGAGCAUACCAACAGAGCACCAGUUACAGAAGAGAAAACACACACCA